AUGAGCGGUCCUAAAAUCACCUUCUAUUUUGACAUCGGUAGCCCCUUCAGCUGCAUUGCAUUCCAUGUCUUGAGGAACUCUCCCGUUUUCUCGGCCUGUGAAAUUGAAUUUGUUCCCAUUCUUUUGAGAGACUUGAUGCAAGUCUGCCAGAACACCCCUCCUAUUGCGGUUAAGAACAAAUUCCAAUGGAUUAAUCGAGAACGGAUCUACUGGGCUCGCCGUUUCGACGUUCCCAUGUCUGAAGCUAUCCCAAAGGGAUUUCCUGCAUCUACUACUGAAGUCCAACUUGCUCUAUGCGCCGUCGCUACCAAAGUGCCAGAAAAGCUAGUGUCCGUCGCGGAGAAAUUAUUUCGUGGAUUCUGGGGAAAUGGAGACUCCGCUGUGCUAACCUCUGAUGGCUUUUUGCCUAUUUUGGAGGAAGAGCUUGGCGCAGAUAGUGCACGGGACAUUAUUGAACAGUCAAAGAAUGACGAGGUAGAAUCUACCUUGCAUGAGAGCACUCAAAGAGCGUUCACUUUGGGUGCUUUUGGCUUGCCAUGGUUUGACUGCACGAACUCACAAGGUGAUCAAGAAGGAUUUUGGGGAAUUGAUCACUUGGGUCGCGUGGUGGACUUUUUGCAACUCGAUGCCAGCAUGGACAAGUCUUUCCGGGUGUUACUAUGA